AUGCGCGAGGGCGGGCGGGGCCGGCUCCAAGCGCCGGGAGGCGGAGGCCGUGGCGCCCCGUUCCCACUUCCCUCCCGUGUCCAAACAAUGGCUUGGUGCCCGGAAAACACUGCCAGGAGGGAGCCGCGCCCCGGCCUAGCAGGACUGGGGGCCCCCACAGCACUUAUCCGGGCGGCUGUGCGUUUCCUUCCUCCGCCUGGGGCCGGCGGGCGCCGGGAGACCUACGCGCCCAGAGCCCGCGCGCGAUGCCAGACCCUGCGCCACGAACAAUACGGCCGGGGCAAGCUCGAGUACCUGGUGAAGUGGCGCGGCUGGUCGUCCAAACACAACAGCUGGGAACCAGAGGAGAAUAUCCUGGACCCGAGGCUGCUGCUGGCCUUCCAGAAGAAGGAGCAGGAGAAGGAGGUGCAGAGCCGGAAGAGAGGCAAGCGGCCACGGGGCAGGCCCAGGAAGCACACCGUGGUGUCCUGCAGCCGGCGCUCCAAGCUCAAGGAACCUGACGCUCCUUCCAAGUCCAAGUCCAGCAGCUCUUCUUCCUCCACGUCUUCCUCAACUUCCUCUGAUGAAGAGGACGACAGUGACCUUGAUGCCAAGAGGAGCCCCCGGGGCCGCGAGACCCAUCCUGUGCCCCAGAAGAAGGCCCAGAUUUUGGUGGCCAAACCCGAGCUGAAAGACCCUAUACGCAAGAAGCGCGGCCGCAAGCCGCUGCCCCCGGAGCAAAAGGCAGCCCGGCGGCCUGUGAGCCUGGCCAAGGUGCUGAAAACUGCCCGCAAGGACCUGGGUGUGCCCACCAGCAAGUUGCCUGCUCCACUUAGUGCCCCGGUCGCUGGCCUGGCAGCCCUGAAGGCCCACACCAAGGAGGCCUGUGGGGGGCCCAGCAGUGCAGCCACGACAGAGAGCCUGGCCAGUCUGAUGAAGGGCGUGGCGGGCAGCCCCAGCCGCGGGGGCAUCAGCUGGCAGAGUUCCAUCGUGCACUACAUGAGCCGUAUGACACAGAGCCAGGCCGAGGCCGCCGGCCGAUUGGCCUUCAAAACCCAGACGGCCAGCAAGUGCAGCCUUGGGCUUGACCUAAAGGUGAGGACACCAAAAGGGGAACUGGGGGUCAGCUCCCCAGGAAGCAAGACUCUAAAGGCCCAGGGCAGCGGGCCAACCGAGCAGAAAGGAGCAAGUUCAGGGGUUGCCCCCCAUGUCCAGGGGGGCGGCAAGGGCCCUGUGGGCUGCCUGGGUGCCCAACCAACCCCCAGCCAGGAGAUGAGCUUGCAGGUCUUGGACCUUCAGAGUGUCAAGAAUGGCACCUCGGGGGUUGGCAUGCUGGCACGGCACACCACGGCCACCAAGAGCAUCCCUGCCACCCACCCGGCCUUGGGGAAGGGCUCUGGUGUCGGCCCCACCACGGGCAGUGGGUCCAGUGCACCCGCCGAGCCCAGCAAAAGUGACAAGCUGGCGUCUCGGGCAGCCCAACCCACCCCCUCAGGCAAGCGAGACUGUGGCAAGGUCAGCGGGGUCCCUGGUGGGCAGGAGGGCCGCUCAGCCUCGGGUGACACCCGCAAGGCCCCCGUGCUGUCUGAGAUGAGCACAGGUGAAGAGAACAGCAGUUCUGACUCAGACCCAGACUCGACUCCGCUUCCAGGCACCGGGCAGAACCUGUCUGUCUCCGUACAGACAAGCCAGGACUGGAAGCCGCCCCGGAGCCUCAUUGAGCACGUCUUUGUCACCGACGUCACUGCCAACCUCAUCACUGUUACGGUGAAAGAAUCGCCCACCAGCGUCGGCUUCUUCAACCUGAGGCCUUACUAA